UUGAAGCCAACCCUAAGCUCUUCUUUUCUCCGCUCUAAAGGUGACCCCGAUUAUUGCUGACUUAAGCAUCGGAGUGUCUACCCCGAUGACCCACCUCGGGGCUUUGCAGGUCAAUCCGGAGUACAGAUAUGGACUGGAGAAGGACGUUUGGUUUGGUGCAAUUACAUUUGGCGCCGUCUAUGGGAAUCCGAACUAAAAGCUCCCUUGUUGCUCUUAUCAUGGUUAAAACUAGCCUACCUCCGAGGUCAAUCAGCUCUUGUACAGAACUGGCAUCUACUUUUGCCACAAAGUUUUCCAGUAUGAGGUUGAUUAGGAAAACCACUUCCGAGCUGAUGCGAGUUAGGCAGAGGGACGGCGAGUCUUUGAAGAAUUUUAUGAGCAGAUUCAAUGAUGCAGUGCUGGAGUCACAAAUUUUCAUGUCGAUCAAGAAUAAGAUGGAUUUAAGGCGUCCUGGCCCAAUGAGAACUACUGCUGCUAGCCGAGAUCAUACUAGAUAUUGUGAUUUUCAUCAAGAUCACGGUCAUACAACAGAACAAUGCAACAGCUUAAGGUCUGAACUGGAAAGUCUUGCCCAGAAGGGACUGUUAAAUGAGUACAUUCAAAGAGCUGAACAGCCACGGUUUGUCAGAGAACAAGGGCCACAGCCUCAAGGAGUUCGUAACCCGCCAAACCGGCAAGGUGUGGGAUAUCAGCAAACCCCACCUCCGCUCCCACCACCUGCUCGAAUCAUACACAUGAUCACGGGAGGCCUGGAAGCCGGUGGACUGAGCUCUAAGCAGCGAAAGUUGUAUGUCAGAGAGGCUAAGCAUCAGAAUCGAGCUCAGAAGCGAAAGCUUGACGAUGCUGAGUGGAAGAAUCAACCCAUUACCUUCACAUCUGCUGAUCUCAAUACAGUCGUCACACCUCACAAUGACCCCCUAGUCACUUUUGUCACGAUUAACAAUUGUGAGGUGCAGCGUGUUCUUGUUGACACAGGGAGUGCACCAGACAUCAUGUACUUCCAUUGUUUUGAGAGCCUUGGGUUAGAUCCAGCCUUGUUGCAACGGUAUGAUGGUCCCAUCUACGGGUUCAACAACCAACCAAUCCCAGUUGAAGGAGUCCUCACCAUGAAUGUUGCAUUCGGAAGUGGUCGAAGUUAUGUGACCCCUUCAGUUAGGUUUCUGGUAGUCAAGAUAGCAUCCUCUUUCAACGUCAUCAUUGGCCGACCCACACUGACUGAAAUCCGGGCUGUGUGGGAAUUUCCCGCUCUAGUCAAAGAUGUGGAAGAAGUACAGAUUGAUGACAAAGAUUCGAUCAGGAAAAAACAGAUAGGAACUCGGCUGAGCCCCGAUGAGAGAACAGAGCUAAUAGCCUUUCUCCGAGCAAACAAAGAUGUUUUUGCAUGGACCUCAGUAGAUAUGCCGGGAAUUCCCACUUCGGUUUCUCAACAUAAACUCAGCACCAAUCCACUCAAGAAACCAGUAGCCCAGAAGCAGUGCCUCUUCAGGGGAGAGAGGUUAAUGGUCAUCAAAGAAGAAGUUGAAAAACUCUUACAAGCUGGCUUCGUUAGACUGGUCGAUUACUGUGAAUGGGUCGCCAAUCCUAUGUUGGUGAAGAAAGCAAAUGGCAAAUGGCGGAUGUGCAUCGAUUACACUAACCUCAACCAGGCAUGCCCAAAAGACUGUUACCCAAUGCCAAACAUUGACAAGCUGGUUGAGGCAGCUUCUAGAAAUGAGAGGUUAAGUCUCUUGGACGUGUACUCUAGCUACCACCAGAAUGCAGGUGCCACUUACCAGAAGAUGGUCACCAUCAUAUUCCGAGCUCAAAUAGGCCGGAAUCUAGAAGUAUAUGUUGAUGAUAUCGUGGUGAAAAGUUUGAAAGCUAGAGAUCACUUAACCGACCUUGAGGAGACUUUCAACAACCUCAGAAAGAACAUAAUGAGGCUGAAUCCGGCAAAGUGCAUCUUCGGCGUGGAGUCUAGAAAAUUCCUAAGCUUCAUGGUGUCCAGAAGGGGGAUUGAGGUUAACCCUGAAAAGAUCAAAGCAGUAGCCAAGAUGGAACUAUCGAAGUCAGUGAAAGAUAUACAGAGGUUGACUGGAAGGGUGGCAGCUCUUCAUCGGUUCAUAUCGAAGUCAGCAGAUAAAUGCCUGCCAUUUUUCAAGAUUAUGAGGACAGCCGCCCAGAAGGAUGAAUUAGGUAAACAAAAGAAGUUUGAAUGGAAUCAAGAAUGCCAAGUCGCAUUUGAUGAGCUAAAGUCUUAUCUUAGCUCACCAUCUCUACUAACUAAGGCCAUAGAUGGAGAGAUCCUCUAUUUGUAUCUGGGAAUUUCAGAUGAAGCCAUUAGCUCAGUCCUGCUGAGGUAUCUCAUUGCUGAGAAAGUAGCUUUAGCAGUUAUCACUUCGGCCAAGAAGUUGAGGCCAUAUUUCCAGUCACACCUGAUCGUUGUCCUUACAGACCAACCUCUUCGACAGAUUCUGCAAAAGCCAGAGUGCUCUAGAAGAUUAAUUAAAUGGGCAGUGGAACUGGGGGAAUUUGAGAUAACAUUUCAACAGAGAUCUGCAAUCAAUGCUCAGGCACUGGCAGAUUUUAUUGUAGAAUGCACUCCAUGCCAUUCAACCCCCAAUCCAGAGCCCAAUGAGUGGACUUUAUAUGUUGAUGGGGCAUCUAGUAGCAAAGGUUCAGGGGCUGGUGCUCUCUUGAUUGGUCCAGAUGGAUACCGAAGUGAACAUGCCCUGAAGUUCAACUUCGAUGCAACAAAUAACAUGGCUGAUGACUCCCAGCUGGUGGUGAAUCAAAUCAACUCAAUCUGCGAAGUUGUCGAUCUGGUGAUGGUGAAGUAUGUAACCCUCGUGGCCGAGCUGAAGUGCAAAUUUCAGAAGUUCUGUCUGAGCAAAAUUCCCCGAGUUGAGAAUGAACAGGCAGAUUCACUUUCUAAAUUUGCCUCGGAUAGCUCUUUGAGUUCUAGAUCAGUUUUUGUGGAGGUCUUAGAUGCACCAAGCUUCAUGAAGCCGCAGGAGAUGGAGAUCAGCACAGACCCAGACACGCCAAGCUGGACUGACUCAAUUGUCUCCUUUUUACGAGACGGGGUAAUACUUGAGGAUAAGCAGGAGGCCAUGAAGUUGAGGAAGAAAGCAUCUCGGUAUACACUUGUUGAUGGGGUCCUCUAUAAGAGAUCUUUCUCACUCCCUCUUCUACGGUGCUUGAAUCCCUAUGAAACAAAAUACGCACUCAGGGAGGUGCAUGUAGGUGUCUGCGGAAGUCACAUAGGUGCUCAAACUUUGGCUCAUAAAGUCCUUAGACAGGGUUAUUAUUGGCCCAACAUGUACAAGGAUGCCACUCAGUUCGUACAGAGGCGUCAGAAAUGUCCAUUUAUGAAAGGGGUAGGAGGUGUAACCCAUCUCAUCAUUGGUGUGGAUUAUUUCACAAAAUGGGUUGAAGCUCGGGCAUUAUCCAGUCUUACCUCCAAGAAGGUCGAGGACUUUGAUUUCUAUUCCAGCUACGGGAUCAAACUACAAUUCACCUUGGUUUACCAUCCGGAGUCCAAUGGCAUGGUCAAAUCUGUUAACAAAUGCAUUUUAGAAGGUAUAAAGCCGAGAUUGGAACAGCACAAGGCCAAAUGGGCAGACAAGCUCAACAACGUCCUCUGGGCAUACAGAACCACGAGCCGAACAGCCACAGGUGAAACACCCUAUCAUCUGACCUUUGGUAUCGAAGUAGUCAUUCCUAUCGAGAUAGGAGUCCCAAGCUUCAGGGUCACCCAUUUCAAUGAAGGACGAAAUGGACAACUGCUUCAGGAGAACCUUGAUCUGCUUGAUGAAGUCAGAGAAGAAGCACGACUUCGCACUCUAGUCUAUAAGCAGAAAAUAGCAAACUUCUACAACAAACGAGUUCGACCUCGAACAUUCAAAGUAGGAGACCUUGUUCUCAGGAAAGCUGGUCUAACGGGGUUCGAAACUCGAUUUGGAAAGUUAGCACCAAACUGGGAAGGCCCCUACACUGUAGCCGAAGUGCCCCACCCAGGUGCUUAUAUCCUACAGGACACUAAGGGCAUAAGGGUUCCUAGAGUCUAGAAUGCCAAUAACUUGAAGAAAUUUUACCCUUAAUACACUUCUUUCCAGUAAACUUUGUCUUAUUUUUAUAAUCGUCAUUAUUCUGAUUACUGUAUAUCGAAACUUAAUUCAUAUAUCUCAUUAAUGAAUUUCACUUCACAUU